UGAGACCCGGCGCUCCCCCUUUUUCCUGUCUCCCUGGUCUCUUGAGGAGCCCAGGAAGGAGGCUCAGCUGGUGCCGCCGGGUCAGGGUCUGCCAGGAUCGGGCUUCGGCAGUCAUUAGCGGGUCAUGUCGGCCGCCCAGGGCUGGGACAGGAACCGCCGGAGGGGAGGAGGCGCGGCCGGCGGUGGUGGAGGAGGUAGCGGGGCCAGCGGGGGUAGUGGGGGCAGCGGGGGUCGGGGGACUGGCCAACUCAACCGCUUCGUGCAACUCUCCGGGCGGCCGCACCUGCCAGGUAAGAAGAAAAUACGAUGGGACCCAGUUAGGAGGCGCUUCAUUCAGUCCUGUCCCAUCAUAAGGAUCCCUAACAGGUUUUUGAGAGGCCACAGACCUCCACCAGCACGCAGUGGACAUCGCUGUGUGGCAGAUAAUACCAACCUCUAUGUGUUUGGAGGGUAUAAUCCAGACUAUGAUGAAUCAGGAGGGCCUGAUAACGAAGACUAUCCUCUCUUCAGGGAGCUGUGGAGGUAUCAUUUUGCAACAGGAGUGUGGCACCAGAUGGGCACCGAUGGCUACAUGCCCCGGGAAUUGGCAUCUAUGUCACUCGUGCUACAUGGAAACAACCUGUUAGUGUUUGGAGGUACGGGCAUCCCAUUUGGUGAGAGCAACGGCAAUGACGUCCACGUCUGUAACGUGAAGUAUAAGAGAUGGGCUUUACUCAGCUGUCGGGGGAAGAAACCCAGUCGUAUAUAUGGACAGGCCAUGGCCAUCAUCAAUGGGUCCCUUUAUGUCUUUGGAGGGACAACUGGCUACAUUUACAGCACAGACUUGCACAAGUUAGAUCUCAAUACCAGAGAGUGGACACAGCUGAAACCCAACAACCUGUCCUGUGACCUGCCAGAGGAAAGAUACAGACAUGAAAUCGCUCAUGACGGGCAGAGGAUUUAUAUCUUGGGAGGUGGUACUUCCUGGACAGCGUAUUCCUUAAACAAGAUCCAUGCAUACAACCUUGAAACAAAUGCCUGGGAGGAAAUUGCAACAAAACCCCAUGAAAAAAUAGGUUUUCCUGCGGCCCGAAGAUGUCACAGUUGUGUUCAAAUAAAAAAUGAUGUAUUUAUUUGUGGGGGAUAUAAUGGAGAAGUGAUCCUGGGAGAUAUCUGGAAGUUGAAUCUGCAGUCUUUUCAGUGGGUGAAACUCCCCGCUACCAUGCCAGAGCCAGUUUAUUUUCACUGUGCAGCUGUUACACCAGCUGGUUGCAUGUACAUUCAUGGAGGAGUGGUGAACAUCCAUGAAAACAAACGGACUGGGUCAUUGUUUAAGAUCUGGCUGGUGGUGCCUAGCCUGCUGGAACUGGCAUGGGAAAAGCUGCUCGCGGCCUUCCCCAACCUAGCAAACCUCUCCCGAACACAGCUUCUGCACCUUGGACUAACACAGGGACUCAUCGAGCGCUUGAAAUGAAGAUUUUUGGAGUGUUCAUUGAUACUGGAAAUGUUAAUUUAAGAGACUCCUUUAUUUAUGGGCAGUGUAGAAUGUGCUACAAAAAGGAUUGGUUACCCUGAUCAAGGCCUUAUUCAGAAAAUACAUCAGAUGCCUUUCCGUAAAUUGGUUUUUAAGUUUAUGGACACAUCACUUUCCAUGAGCUUUUUACUUUGUUUCUUUCCCUUCUGCCCCAGCACACACUCAUUCACUCAUUCACAUAUUCCCUCUUUCUUGAUAGAGUUGAGGGAAAGCCUGAAAGUACCUUACUAAUUUUAUGAAUCAGGAGAAGAUAAAGGAAUUUUUAAAAAGGAAUUCUGAACAAACUGACCAUGUCAGCCAAUGCUCUAUAAACAAUAAAGAUAAAAUUUUAAAAUCCAGCAACAGCUACAAGAAGUAGUUUGGAGGAUAGAAUGACAAGACUGACCUUUACAAUCUUGCAGAUUAUCCUUAACCUAGGUGUUUAACCUGCUGGUUUCAAAAUCUGUCAGAGUAGCGGGCUCUAAUGACAGCAGUGGUUGACGUCUUGCUGCAUGAGUACCUGAACCUAUCCUUUGGCUUUGGAGUAAGGUGAAGUAGCCCAGCGACUCUUGGUUAGUGAUUUUUUUCCCCCUCAUCCUUAUAGUACCAGCAGUGGAUAGAGUUGGCUCGUCAAAAGACUUGUAUGUGUCAUGGUCAGUCAGUCUUGUGUGUUAUGAUUGUCAGAGUUCUUCUUUCUCAGCAGUUUUAAAAUUCUCUGAUGCUUAGUAAUGGCUUUAAAUUCUUCAUGGGGAAUUGUAGACCCUAAAUAUGCAGUGUGAAGGCCAUGGAGGGGAGAGCAGGACAGCAAGCACCUGUGCCCCUCAGACUUGCUAACUUGGCUUCUGCUUUGACUGUCCUAUUGGCCACUUCCUUCUCAGAACUUGUUUCUGUCCUAAUCUCUGGACCAUGUCCCUGCCAUUUUGUGAGGCAGUUGGCCCAAAAUUACGCCUUAGCUUGUUGCCUCUUUUGCUGUCUGCUUCAGUGUGCAUGGUGCUGUAUUUGUCUAUUAAGUGGACAAAAGUUCUUGAGAGAAAAGCCACAGGUCCUUUCUGAAGAGUUAAGAAUCAUUUAAAAACUAGCACAAGGAAGGAAUGAAACUGAGUAUCAUUUACUUUUUUUUGUGCAAAAAUUUAGUUCUGUUAUGUUUUGUUAAAUGAACCUGUGUUUUUACUUGUUUUGCCAUCAUGCUGCUAGAGGGGUUGAGCAAGAUGCUUGCCAUGAGCAUCUGGGCGUCUGCAGGUGUUCUCAAGGUGCUGAAGGGGUGGGGAGGCACAGUGCUGACUCUCCCAAGGUCCCUUCAUGACAGGACACCCACAUGGGACAUUUGGGAUGCAUUUUUCCUUUAAGUGCCUCUUUUUCACCCAGCUUUUAAAAUUCUUCUUUUUUCUUUUACUCCAGAAGGGAUCUCUUUGGCUUAUGUAUGGAUUUAAAAUACCUUUGAGUUACGGCUAACAAAUUCCCAUCUGGUCUUCAGUUCUGGGGAAGAGAAAACUGUGGCCUCUAGACUUGGACCCCUAACUUCUAGGUCUUAUUCUGUCCCAUUCGUGUUGGGUUGAGUUCAUAGAGCAUGUAUUCUGCAGAGCCUUGUAAGAACUCAUCUGUGAGUUCGGGUCCUUUCUCUUGGGAGUGUGAGGGAGAUGCAGAAAAAAGAGCGGCUCCCCUAAGGGUUGCAUCCCCUAUAGUUUGUCAUUCCCAAUCCUGUGGUUUAAUCUCUUACCACCUGCUGCUAGGCAAGUCAGUCAGAACAGCUCCACUAGUACAGAACAGAGCCUUGAUACGUGAUUUCAGCCUAGUCUCUGGCUAUUUGGCGGAAUUAUACCCCAAACUAAACACAUGAUGCUAAUUAGGGCGGCAGAAGGAUUGUUGCCAUUGGAAUACAUAAGGACCAAAGACUGAAUGCUCAGCCUCUACAUUAGGCUUCUGUGGUCCUUAGGACACGAGCAGGUCUCUGGCUGUGCUGCACAGAAAGCUGGAGACAUGCGCUGACCCAUGUUUGCUGGCAUCUUUUGAAAUCCUUCUGAGGGCAGUCUGCUUUGAGGUAGAUGUUGGAGGCCUGGCAUCGAAGACCUUGUGUGUGACAUUUUCAGAAAAGAACGUGUCCUUGGUCUAAAGUGUCUUAUCACACUAGUGAAAAUGGUACAGCCAGCUUGGGAGUAUGGUAGAGCCCCUCCUAUGCACGUUUGUCAGUACCAAAUGAGAUUGUGUAUGAGGUUAAAUAAGGGUGACUAGACUUUUAUAGAAGGGUCACCAGGCACUUUAGUGUAUCUCUAGCCAGCACUUGGAAGCAAGUGAUGCUAUUACUUGGUGUAGGAAAGGUUACACCUACUGCUCCUCCACCUCUCCGCGGUGCUCCCCUCUUCCUGCAGUCCUGGAAGCUGAAGUGCAAUAUAUAGAAAUACAUAUAGAUAUAUACAGAUUAUAUAGAGGGUGUGGCUAUAUAACAGCUAUCUUUUUUUGUAUCUGUCUUGGGGAGGCCAGCUCACUACUUUAGAUAAAAUUAUGACAAGAAUUCUUAGUGUGAUCACCUGGCUUAAGCCAGCUCUUGAUAAAGCUGGAUUUUCAAGUUCAUGUUCUCUUACUCCAGUUCAUAGAGACUUACAGUUCCUUGGUUUUGUUAGAGUUCAGAUUUUUUCCCCCCAAUUACCUUUGUACUAUGUUGUGUGUGUACGUCCUUCCCGGGAACAAGGAAGUCUACUUGUAAGACAUUUCCCAAGUGGAGAAUUAAAACCUAAUAUUUAGUGCUGUCAUUUCUCCCAUAUAUACACUAACUUAUCUGGGACUGUAAUACUUUUAUCAAAUAAUGAAAAUGAUGCUUUCCUCAUUUCAUAAAGUAUUUUCCACACCCUGAACAUAGUAUAAACUGAUAUAGAAUAGAUUUUAAUCAUUCUUUAGGGGCCAAACAAAAUCCUUUCCACUGGCAGAAUCUUCUUUUUUCAGGGCCCCGAUGACACAGUGAACAACUUUGCUCUGCACCAUUUAUGUCCAUCAUAUAGAUAGAUUUUAAAGUAUGAAACUAUAUAUAUUAACAUUUCCAAGCAAAAUGUAUGUUGAUAUUGGCCUUUGGGUACCCAGAGUAGUAAGAGUAAAGCACAGAUAACUGAAAUCCAUGGCUAAUCAGUGUUUCCGAUUUUCUGCCAACAGUUGAUUCAUUUACAUUUCUUUUUCUAUCCUGUCGCUUUCCCACAAGCACCUCCUUUUCAGUGGGAUAAGUAGUUGGAAAAGGGGGUGUCACAGAGGGGCUAGCAACCAGCAAACAUUCAGCCCUCUUCGCUGUACUCGGUCCGUGCAGUGACCAUUGGUGCUGCCGUGAGGAGCUCCAGGUGGUGGCUCUGAGUGGAGGUGUCUCUUGGGCACUGUCUCCUGCCAAGUCCUAGGCUGGCUCCCUUAAACCACCAGAGAACUUUUGGUGCCUGUGGGAAGAACAAGCUGCAUGCGACAGGCACAGGGAUCCCAUCAUUUAAACAGAUUUCUUUGGCUUUUUGACAGAUCUUUGCUGUUCCGUUUCUUCCUUUGGUGAUACCUUCUCCAGUUGUUUAGCCUGGUAUAUAGGAAAGCUUGGAUUAUCCUGAGUGUGUUGGUCUGUAUACCCUAAAAGCCCAGCUUGUUUUUUUAUGUUCUUAGAGAUGUUUAGAGUGGCACUGUCUACCUGCCAGCAAUUUGAUGUAGCACAAAAAACCAUUUUCUUUUUUCUUUUUCCUUCAUUUUUCUGGCAUUCGGCUCCAGGGUAGAUGAGGGUUUAUGGCCUUAUAAGUUCCCAAAACUGGUCACAUUAGUUGAAAUGGUGUUGGUUCCCUGGAUACCUUGGACCUCUUGACUGCUGGCAGGGCCUGAGGAAGGCUCUGUGGAGUUCUGCAGCCUUGAUGUGCCACCACCAGAGCAUGACCAGCAGUGGCAUUUCCCUUCUAAGGUUGUGAAACUUAGUGGACAGUGACCUUCCCUUGUCUGGUGUUAUAAACAGAAGUUCUAAGUCGUGCUUCAAAAGUGAUACCAUCUUUUUGGUGUAAAUUUCAUGUUUUUAAUUUUUUACAACUCGUGAGAAGUUCUUUCCUGGCCCUGUUUACUGUACAGGGUGAGUCAGAGGCAGGUUUCAGAGAGAAAGCCAAUUUCACGAAGUGACUGCUGUUUUCCUAGUUACACAUCUGGAAUAUAAAGGAGGCAUCGGAAAACACACUGACUCUCCUAAGGCCACUGCCUUGCAUAGAGCUGCACCUGGAAACACAGGCAUCUCCCAGUACCUGUGCUUACAGUGGCGAGCUGCUGGGAGAACCAGGCAAGAAAGAGGGACCUCUCUCUCUAAAACGCAGUCUCUGAGGGGUGAGCCCAGGCUUUGCUCUUUCUGCAGGGUAUACUGAGGCCACACACAAUGCUUGCCGUAUUUUAAAGCUAUUUGCCACAGUCCUCUUCAAUAGUGUGGAAGUCCUUUUGCAGUCUGGUGUGCAUGCCAUAUGAUCAGGACAGCUUUUCCACCUUCCCUGGUUUCCUACAAGCAAGUAGGAAAUAUAGUGAAUUUACUCUGAAACAUCCAAUCUGUAUUUAUGUACUUUGUCAGUGUUUUGCUGUUGGUUUUCUAAAACAAUCUGAUCAAUAAAUCUUAUUCAAAUCUAUUUGGUUCAAGGCCACCUUGCUUGUCUG